GAGCGCGUCCGCUUUAAUGUGUCUCACACACGCAACUUCUCUCGAGUGUUUUUUUUUUUUUUUUGUCCCAGUGUGGAUAAGACUUUUGUCGGCUUCUGCGCCGCUGUGACUCGGAUCUAACAGCUCAGAAUGCACAGCCGCUGUUUGGAUGGGAUGUCCGAGAUCAGACGGAGGUCCGAAGCCCUGAUGAUAGAUUUCUUUCACUUUUGUUCCGGACAACUUUUGCUUCGCGCGCACGUGCGUCCGCGCUCGAGCAUGCUCCGAAGAUAGAUAAGUCGCUUCAAAGCGAACCUGCUCUUCGGCCGUUUUAUUCGUUGAAAUCAUUCAAUUGAAAUCAAAUCAAAUUCCACGCGACACUUAAACCGUCGCUUAUGGCGCCGCUGUAUCGGAGCUGAGGAUCGCCGCGCUGUCCCGUGAGCCCAAGGCAAGGCAAUGCUGGCCAACCCGUCCAACAACGGCGGCGUGAGGAUGCUCGCUCCCUCCGCGAGCGACGACGACCGGCGCGUGGAGUUCGUGGCGCUGGCGGCGGUUAACACCGAGCCCCCGAGUCCCGAGCGCGCGCAGCCGUCACAGCGCACCGGCCUGCUCGGAACCCCGUUUCCCGCUCCACCCGGACCCCGAGCCGCCGCGUCCGCCUCCAGCAAGCGCUACCGCAAGAUCCAGAACUGCCUCUACAACGUGCUGGAGAGACCCCGAGGAUGCGCCUUCAUCUACCACGCGUUCAUCUUCCUGCUUGUGUUCAGCUGCCUGGUGCUUUCCGUCUUCUCCACUAUUCCCGCUCAUCAGGAAACUGCCAACCAAGGCCUCUUCAUCUUGGAGUUUGUGAUGAUCGUGGUGUUCGGCUUAGAGUACAUUAUCAGGGUUUGGGCCGCCGGCUGCUGCUGUCGCUACAGAGGAUGGCAGGGCCGUCUCCGUUUCGCGAGGAAACCCUUCUGCGUUAUAGAUUUUAUAGUGUUCGUGGCGUCGUUGGCCGUGAUAGCGGCGGGAACGCAAGGAAACAUCUUUGCCACGUCGGCUCUACGCAGCAUGCGCUUCCUACAGAUUCUGCGCAUGGUGCGCAUGGACCGCCGAGGUGGCACCUGGAAACUACUCGGCUCUGUGGUGUACGCACACAGCAAGGAGUUAGUCACAGCAUGGUACAUCGGCUUCCUGGUACUGAUAUUUGCCUCAUUUCUGGUCUAUUUGGCUGAAAAGGACAUCAACACAGAGUUCUCUACCUAUGCAGACUCCCUCUGGUGGGGAACUAUUACCCUCACCACAAUAGGCUACGGUGACAAGACUCCACACACGUGGCUCGGGCGGCUGCUAGCAGCCGGCUUCGCCCUGCUGGGGGUCUCUUUUUUCGCCCUGCCUGCAGGGAUCCUCGGUUCAGGUUUUGCCCUGAAGGUGCAGGAGCAGCACAGACAGAAACACUUUGAGAAGAGGAGAACUCCAGCAGCCACCCUCAUACAGGCUGCGUGGCGUCUCUAUUCAACAGAUGCUCGUCAUUCAUAUCUCACAGCGACCUGGUACUUCUAUGACAGUAUGCUCCCUUCCUUCAGAGAGUUGACGUUACUGUUCAGUCACCUUCAACGGCAGCGAAACUCCAAGAAGUUUCUCCACAACUACCAAACUCUGCUGUCAGGGCUUCGGCCCUACAGUUCCCUCUAUGUGUCGGGGGACAGUGCGAAGAUUGGAUUCCGUGACCGCAUUAAGAUGAACAGUUCCCGCUCGACUCAGGCGCUCCGGAACAAGGCUUCUUCACCUGUACCACCGGGGAGCGUGCGACAAUCACCGAGCAAUGAGAACAUGCCGGAAGCCACCAGUCCCUCGAAGGUGCAGAAGAGCUGGAGCUUCAAUGAUCGAACCCGCUUCCGCACUUCCUUACGGCUGAAACCACGUCCUUCCACAGAUGUGGAGGGAGUAGGAGAAGAGAACACAGAGGACAAGUCAUACUGUGAUGUUGCUGUAGAGGAUGUCAUACCAGCAGUGAAGACGCUGAUUCGAGCAGUUCGGAUACUAAAGUUUUUGGUUGCCAAGCGCAAGUUUAAAGAAACACUACGACCGUAUGAUGUGAAGGACGUGAUUGAGCAGUAUUCAGCUGGGCACCUAGACAUGCUCGGCAGAAUUAAGAGCCUGCAGAUGAGGGUAGAUCAGAUUAUCGGCCGUGGUGCUGUUCCGUCUGAUAAAAGGGGAAGGACAGAAAAAGUUGAAAAGCCUCUUCCUGAACUGGAUCCUCUGGAUGAGCUGAGCAUGAUGGGACGUGUAGUUAAGGUGGAGAAACAGGUGCAGUCCAUUGAAAACAAGCUGGACCUGUUGCUGAACUUUUAUUCUCAGUGCCUAAAAAAGGGCUCGUCCCAUUUCACGCUGUCCUCCUUACUGGAGCCCGACCUCACCUCUGACUACCAUAGUCCCACCGACCAGCGAGAUCUCUUCCCUUCUGCCAAUACACUCAACAUCUCCCAUUCAGACAGCGGCAACAUGGAGUGAGUUUUGCAGAGAGCGGGAGGACGAUGAGCCGUGACUGCAGCCAAGGGACAUGCAGCCAGAAGCUUAACGUCUCACAUAACAGAUCCUGAAAAAAAACCCUUCUUACAGCCUUUCAAAUGCUCCAGCCAUUAUCACAUUCUGACAUGGCGUUGCCUACCUCUACACUGACGUAUGACUUUAAAACGUUUUAUGACUUGAGUCUGCACCUUGUUACGACCCCAUUAAGAUGUAUAUGUCCAUAAAUAUUUGAAUGUUACGAAUGUAUAAUAUGUUUGUUCCUCAUUAUCAACCCUGGAUCUUUGUUUAUCUUUUUUUAAAAACAGUAUUCAUAACCUGCGUGUUUAAUAUUCUUUGUUAUUCUCCAUCACUUAAAGACCUUUUCUUUAUCUGUUAUUAUUAUUAUUAUUAUUAUUAUUGUAUGUGAUGUUAAAAUUCUUUCAUUUGAAGGAAAUCAAGCUUGUAAGAUGUUAUGAACUAAAAAGCAAAUGGAUUUUUUUUUUUUUUCAUUUUAUUUCAUUAUUAUUUUUUUCCUUGCCCUGGUAACUCAGUCUUCCAAGGGAGAGUGAAUGGAGAACUGUUACUUGACCACUAAAUGCUGUUUCAUUCAUCACAUCUCCCAUCUCGUAAAAGACACACUCAAACAUGUGUUCGUGGUAUUUUUUUGUGCACUUUUCGUUUGUCCUAUUUUUCAUUUCUCAAAGUGACAGCAUAUUAACAUGGAAUAGCUAUUUUUGUUGUUUUAUUUUGUUAAAAUCGGUAGACAACAAUAAGAAUUCUAUUUUUCUGAGAUUAUGACUUUAAUCUUGAAUCUUAACAGAGUUUCAAUUUUAGAUUUUUGCUCUACAGUAUGUUUCACUUUAAAGCUUUGAGCUGAUGCAGCAUCCUUUUUGCCACAAGGUGGCGCUGAGCUUCUAUUGAAUGUACUGCAUACCUUUAACCUCAUGAUGUGGGAAGUUCAGCAUUAUACUCAAAAGCUGGACAAAUCUCUUUCCUAAACUCUUGAUCUGUUUGUUGCAUGAUCCAAACAAACAUGCUGAUGGUGAGAAGAAUGAACCGGGUACGGUGCGGCACUCUCUUAGAACUGCUGUCACACACAGCUGCUUUUAGUGCUUCCUAUGCUGCACAGAUUAGGGUAAAGCUUUCUGUUUCUCUCAGAUGAUUCUCAAGAGCCCACUGUGCAAAACAACAAAUAAAUAAAUAAUUAAUCAAUAAAUCAUAUAUGGAUAGAAAUUGAAAUGAAAUAUUCCUCCAUGAAUUGUAAUGCAUGUCUGGAGGCCUUAUUAGGAGGACUAGUAGCAUAAGUAGCAUACCUUUCUUUUAUAAUUUAGACAUAAACGUUUAAGGUUUAUAUACCCUGUUCUCAUCCUUAGAUACUCUUUCCUUUGUGCCUUGCCACCUGUUUUCAUCAUGCAUGUACAAAAUUUAGACCAAAUGAGAUGGUGCAGCCCUACUGGAAUAUAAUGAGAAAAACCUAAGGUUCUGCGGUAUGUGCUUUUCUACAAUUAUUAUUGAUAGUUUUUUAUAAAGAUCUCUAAUUACACUUACUUUAAGAGGCAUGUAAUGACAUACAGUAUGUCAUUAAUGGGACAUUAUAUCAGGAAUGAUCACAUAUUUGUGAUAAACCUUCUGGGAAUUUUUAACAAAAAUGUGUUUCUCACGUUUUUCUCGUAUUUUCCCCAUUUAGACCUAAAAGCAAUUUUUGAGCAGAAGCAAACAAAAUGAAGUGACUGAUCUAAGACUUUAGUCUUUAUGCAUGAGCUCCAUGUCAGUAUCUAUGCAUGUAAUUUAGGCAGAAGAGGGAGUGGGGG